AUGCCGUUGGUUCGAUCGAAGCGAGACAACAUGUGCUACUACGAGCAAUACCGUUUCGAAUGCGGCGACUGGAAAUGGGGCAACUUCAAGCGCCACUGCCAGUCCGAGUACCGCAUGGGCGAAACUUGCGGCAUGAAACUCAUUCUCCACACUCUGCCGGUUCCAAACAAGUGCCAGUGGUGCGAGAAGAUUGACAAGAAGACCCGCCGCUACGAGAAGACCCGAGCAGAUUACGGCCGCUGGUAUCAGGACCCAAGCCGUCAGGCCUCGGCGGCUAAGGCACUCGAGGACAUGCACGCGCUUGCCGGCGAGAUCAAGACGAUUCAGGCCGAGAGGCAAUCGAGGAUGCAGAACGUCGGCAAUGUUCGCCGCGCUGCUCCUCAGUCGAGGGCUGCCGCGCAGGCCUGA